UAAAGCUGAGACCUCAGUAAUUCAUGUGUCACUCUUUUUACUUGUAAUUGAUAGAGAUUUUUUUAGAACACUUUCAAACUUUUCCCAAAAGAAAUUACAAAAACAAUGCAUUGCGAUCUUCACCAGCUGUAUCUGUCCUCUGUAAUUCUCAGUCUUGUCAAGGUUUGUGCUUGCCUGAGGACGAAACAGAUAGAAACAUCGGUCACUGACCAUGAUAUUGUGAAAAGACAUGCCGGACUAAGUAAUAGUUACGGUGAUGAGCUAGAAGGAUACGAUCUGGAUCCAAAGAGAGACAAUAAUAAUUGGGAUCAAUUCCCUGCCUGGGGGAAAAGACAAGCAAAACGCAGAUGGUCUUCGUUUAGUGCCUGGGGAAAAAGAGGUUGGUUGGACAGAUUGAUCAGUGCUAACAAUAACUGGGGCAAACGAUGGAAAUCCAUGUCGAAUUCUUGGGGAAAACGUCAAGCCCCCAUGGAAUAUGACGGACUAAAUGAUGAAUACAUUAACAUUAAGAAGAGAUCUGUCAACCCCAAAUCCAGAAACAAACGGUCAAUAUCUUCCGACCUUUCAUCUGGAAAAACUGAAGAAAAAAGAAGAUGGUCUUCACUUUCAGCAUGGGGAAAACGCAGUGAUGAUUCCGAGAAGAGGAGAUGGUCAUCAUUCUCCGCUUGGGGGAAAAGAAGUGAACCUGAAAAUUCAAAUAGUCACGAUAGUGAAGACGAUAUUACAAAACGGAAGUGGUCGUCUCUUUCAGCAUGGGGAAAAAGAAGUGAUCCUGCAGAUAGGCUAAAUAGUGAUGAAAUUAUAAAACGUAAGUGGUCUAGUUUUUCAUCUUGGGGAAAACGUGGACUACCUUCUGAUAUUUCAAAGAGACUGCAAUCCUAUUGGCGACAACGCCUCUUACAAGAUAGUGGUCCAUGGAUGGAACGAAGAGGGUGGAACGCUCUAACCUCCUGGGGGAAAUGAACUGUGGAUUUAACAAACACAGCACUAAAUACGCUCAUUUUACUCUCAAGAUAUGUUUUCCUGGAAAUAAAUAAAUUUUAGCAAGAAUUUGUUUCCACUUUAAGUUUUUAUCUUUUAAAAAAAACAAACUAAAGUAGUUUCACAUGAUUCAACCACUCAUCUUGAAACUUAUUCCAUUGUUUAAAAUGUUUUGCUUUUCACUAAAGUAUCAUAUAUUUUUAAUACAUACCUGUGCUUAAGUUGUUUUUCUUUACUUCUGUGACCGAAUGAGAGUUUGGCCACGUUGUUCAAUAAAAUUAAGUAAAUUAUGAAA